GUGUGCAGUAAUGAGCUGUAAGCAGGCAAAAGAAGUCCACUGUCCAUACAGAAAGCAAGUUAACAAAGAUCAAAGAAAUCAUGUCUCCUGCUGCCUCUGUCCUGGUAAAAAGACUCCCAGGUGCAUGCUGGUCCUUUACCUGCCUACCUAUAAAAACCCCUCGGCCCCUCCGUCCUGCAUCUCUCUCUCUCACAUCGGUGUCUUGUCUGACGGACAGUUCAUAGCCCACAGGUAUUAAGCUUAAUAUCAGAAGACUGAGAAAAGCAGCAAAUAUGCACAUAUGAGAAGCUGGAACAGGUGAACCAUGCCUUCUGUUUCUGACAGUACCUCUUUGGAAGAUGUUCCUACUCUUUGCCCACACGCAGCUAAGAUGAUAAAUGCAGAUAUCACUCUGGGUCAAAAGUCUUCCAGUGUGGAUGGGGAUGCUGUAACCAUCACCGGUGGUCACAGGUUAUCUGCAAAUCGAGAACAGGACUGUCUCAAGGUUCAGGAUGAAUCAAUCAGUGAGAGUGAUCUGGAGAACGGAGAAGUGACUGCUGAUCAGAGGAACUGGAUCCGGCCUGAUUUGCCCAGCAGGUGUACCUGGAGGCUGGGUGCACCUAUUUCAGAGUCACCUCAUAGCCACCCAGCACACACCAAUGCCCCCAGCAUCCUCCCCAACAUCCUUGGGAAAAUUGGACACACACCUCUGGUUCGUUUGAACAAAAUCCCAAAGGAGUUUGGACUCAAGUGUGAUGUUUUGGCAAAGUGCGAGUUCUUCAAUGCAGGAGGCAGCGUGAAAGACAGGAUCGGCCUGCGGAUGGUGGAAGAUGCUGAGAGAGCUGGGAUCCUCAAACCAGGAGACACAAUCAUCGAGCCCACCUCUGGCAACACAGGUAUCGGCAUCGCACUGACAGCUGCAGUGAAAGGCUACCGCUGCAUUAUUACCAUGCCUGAGAAAAUGAGCAUGGAGAAGGUGGAUUUGUUGAGAGCUCUCGGGGCAGAAAUAGUGCGCACACCUACUUCUGCAGCUUUCGAUUCACCAGAAUCUCAUAUUGGUGCGGCUUGGCGUCUAAAGAAUGAGAUCCCCAACUCGCACAUCCUCGACCAAUAUCGUAAUGCCAGCAACCCUCUGGCUCACUACGAUACCACAGCUGAGGAGAUACUGGAGCAAUGUGAUGGUAAAUUGGACAUGUUGGUGGCUGGAGCCGGCACAGGCGGUACACUUACUGGUGUUGCUCGGAAGUUGAAGGAGAGGUGUCCCAAUGUCAAGAUAGUUGCUGUGGACCCUGAGGGCUCCAUUCUGCUGGAAUCAAAAGAGAAGAACAAACAGAAGACUUCUUUUGAAGUGGAGGGCAUCGGAUACGACUUUAUCCCCACAGUGUUGGACAGAUCUCUUGUUGACAUGUGGUAUAAAUCAACUGACAUGGAAACGUUCACCAUGUCACGUAAGCUAAUCAGAGAGGAGGGUCUUCUCUGUGGCGGCAGCUCUGGCUCAGCCAUGGCAGCAGCGAUGAAGAUGGCUCAGCAGCUUGAGGAGGGGCAGCGCUGUGUGGUCAUCCUGGCUGACUCCGUCCGAAACUACAUGUCAAAGUUCCUGAGUGACAAGUGGAUGUGUGAGAAGGGCUUCCUCAAACUGGAUGCUCCGAUGGACCUCAAACCCUGGUGGUGGAACAUGACUGUCCAGUGUCUAAACCUGUCUGCCCCCCUCACUGUGUUACCGUCUGUGUCCUGCCAGAAAACCAUUGAGAUCCUAAAAGAGAAAGCGUUCGACCAGGCCCCAGUCGUCGAUGAAUCAGGUGUGAUCCUGGGGAUGGUGACUCUGGGAUCCAUUCUGUCCUCUGUGUUGGCUGGAAAGGUCGAAUCCUCAGACGCUGUCAUCAAGGUGCUCUGCAAGCAUUUCAAACAGGUGCACCUGACAGACAACCUGGGGAAUCUCUCCCGUGUCCUCGAAACAGACCACUUUGCCCUGGUGGUGCAUGAUCACACCCAGUAUAAGGCUGAUGGGUCAGCUUGUCAGAAGCAGAUGGUGUUUGGAGUCGUGACAGCGAUUGACCUCCUUAACUACAUCACCACAGAUGAGAGCUCGUCCUCUGAAUGCUCGCUGUCAGACGAAAUGUCUCUGUCACCAAUUUCUGUUUAAGAUGCGGACGAUGUUGCCUGCUUACCAAGAGGCAGCACAUGAGCACCUGCUGUUUAGUCUAAAUCAUGUUUCUUUUCAGUGUUUUUGAGGGCUACAUCUUUGACUUUGGUUCCACCCACAUAAGCAGUAGGUACUGACUGUGUAGUAUUAAUAAAUACCAUUCAGAAAUAAAAUUUAAAGGAUAAGUUUAAGAAAAUUAAUAUAUUUUUCUCAUUGUCAACAAAUCCCAUAAAAAGACGAAAAAACAAAACACAUCAAUGAGCCACACUGUUGCACUGUUCCUUCAUUACUAUGAACAUGGGCACUGUAGUUUAUUUGUAAUCCAAUACCACAUACAUUGCACUGCUGAAUUGUGCUGCAAAUGGGUAUUAAUCCGCAGCUGAAAAUAGUCCCAAACAAAUGCACUAAGUACUCAUUUUUGAGUAACGUUUUUAAAGCCUUUAAAAAAAAUUUUAAACUACAUAUUUGUGAUAUGUUUAAAGAGAACCUAUUUUGCUUUUCCAUAUUUUCUGUCAUAUAUAUAAUGUAACAUAGUCGGAUGUUCAUAAUAAACAUUGUAAAGGAAUGGAAAUGUAUAUCCCUGUGAGCAAAAAGCUCAGGCUUCAGACUGCUCUGAACAGUUGGUUUCCAACGUUUUUUUCUACUUUCGAGCCUGCAUGCCUAACUCGGAUGUCAUGGUAAUCGGUCAUCUGCCCUCAUCUGUAUUGAUGACUUAUUUGUUUGUACUGUUUGUAUAAUUAUUUGGAAUUUAAAAAAAUAAAAUAAAAAGUUAAUCUGCGA